AUGGCUGCCGCCGGUGGCAAGACAGUGACUUUGAAAGUGCCCGUGGCAGACACACCCAAGUUACCUUCACCACCACCUCCGCCACAGCCCUCAGCACCCGCCCCCAGGAGGCCUAAGAAGUACCUGGUGUAUCCGAACCUGCCGAAGAGCUGCCGCCUGUCUCCGACCCUCCUGCGCUGGCUCCAGGGCCUGGACCUCACCUUCUUCCCCAGGAACGUCAACAGGGAUUUUUCCAAUGGCUUCCUGAUCGCAGAAAUAUUCGCUAUACACUUUCCCUGGGAACUUAGACUGUCCUCCUUCAGAAACGGAACUUCCUUGAAAGUCAAGUUGGAUAACUGGGCCCAGUUGAAAAAGUUCCUGGCCAAAAAGAACCUGAAGUUACCUAAAGAACUAAUCUAUGGAACAAUUCACUGUAAGUCAGGAGUACCCGAAAUACUGAUACAAGAAGUUUACACCUUGUUAACACAGCGAGAAAUUAAAAGUGUCCAGGAUGACCCUGUGAAUUUCACGGACUACAGUUACCAGAUGCAGUUGCCCCUGGUCCCUCGGUCGACGGCUUCGAAGUCUAUCAAAGAUAACAUUAGGAUGUCAGAAUUAAUCACUAAUCCCGACAUGCUCAGCAAUGAAUUUAAAGUUGAUUUCCUCUUCCUUUUACAAAUGUUGCGAAGAAAAAUAAGCAGAAGGUUGAAUCCAAAACGGUUUGAGGUCAAACCGACUGUGGGAGAACUCACUCUCGACCGCCUUCCUACGCGGGCCCCUCGAAACAAGCCUAAAUCAGUGAUUUCCAGGCAGACAGCGGUUCCUGCUUUACCAAAUAUAAACGACAAUGGCAGCUCAAUGAAAACCAUGAAUGGGAAGCACUCUGGAACGCCCCCUUGGGAGUCUGUGGUGGAGCCCAUCAGGUCUGAGCAGGGGCCGGAAGAAGUGAGGCCAGCCCCGCCCGCCCCAGUGAAGGACUAG